AUGAGUGAGUCCUGGCUGGCAGCUAUUCCUCCGGAUCAGCAGCCGGUGAAGCAAGACACGGGUUCCAAAAGACUCAAGUCUCCCGUUCCCAAGGAAAAAGAUUAUAAUUAUCAGAGCACGACUAAGGGCCUUGUAGAUUUGCUGUUGAUGAAGAAUACUGAUGCUGCACCCAACAAUCAAUUAAAGGCAGAUACUGAUGCGCAAUCGAAAACCCCUACCGAGAUGACCCAAGUCUUCGCCAGCUUUCAGGCGAAAAUGAAGGAGAAUGCACACGCUGCAGCUAUGCGGAAGCAUGAUUUUGGUCAGAGAAUCGAUAGCCGCACUGGACUUGUAUUAUUACAAGCCAACAACCCGGGCGAGAUUUGCAAGUAUUUCAACAAUGGCAUCGACUGCACGAACGACCAUUGCAUGCGUAAGCAUAUCUGCUCGACGUGUCACCGCAUUAGCCACGGCGCGCACGAGUGCACGAUCGACUUGGAUGCAGCCCAGGAGAAAGUCAAUAACAACUGGAAGCCUAGCAAAGAGACAAAGUUUAUAUAA